AUGAGGAAGGAAUUAAAGAAACUCUAUCUAAAUCCUUUCAAAGUGUCGCAUAUUUACCUUGAUAUCUGGGACGAAGAGAAUGAGUUCCGAGACCUUGUUGACAAGCUUCACUCUUUGGUGAAACGCUUGCUCCAAGAGAUACCAAAGGCCUGCGGCAAUCAGAGAGACCAUGUAGAUCUGUCCACCUUGAUCCCCACCUUUUUGAAUGAUCCGCUAAGCGAUAUAAAUCACCUAGCCUACCCAAUCUACGAGCCACUGGAUCAGGAAGUAGUAAUCGAUUCCGCCACCCCGUUUCCGAAAUUUUGGGACCAAUGUCAACGAUGGUUAAACUACGCCGGUGGGCCCUAUUGCCAAAAAAGAACGAUCGCCGAUAUCGAAGAAACGACGAUCGUGCAAUGGAACAAUUUCAUGGCACAGCAGAAGCAAGUUGUCUCUGCAGCGGGGACCCUUUUAGUGAAACACGACCAUGAUGGCAUCCCGGGAACUGUAGCAUUGUCGCCAAUUUACUUCCCAUGUGGAUUCACCAGGUUACCAUCAGAAUGGCAAGCCCAGUUACCUGUUGACUGCCUGGGCCGCUCAUGGUUGCAUCGAAUUCUCGACAGUAGUUAUCCUAAUUCACGCUUGACAGAGAGGCACCACCGAUUGGAACAAAUGAUCAGCGAGCGAGGAGAUCUCAAUUGCCAAAAUGUUCUGGGACAAACACCUUUAAUGUCCGCAAUCGUAUGCAAUAACCUCCGAGUUGUUCAAAUCCUAUUGGAUAACAAUGCCAACCCAGACCAAGAAGAUGUCUGCGGGCUUACACCUCUGCAUUACGCCGCUGCUAUGGGACAUAAGAGUUGCUGCGAGGUUCUUUUGCAAAAUUCGACUCUGAGUCUCAACAAGCAAGAGGAGAACUUUCAUCUCACACCUUUAAUGCUAGCAUUUCUCCACAAACAAGCUCAAUCGAUGGAGCGAUUGUUCGCAGAGGAACGUUUGCUCCUACCUAUGGCCUCUUCUAUAUGUUGGCUCUUUGACAAGGAUCCGCCGCAUGAAUUCAACCACGACAAUCAAAUUCUGAUUCUGUCUGGCUUAGUUCAAAAUAUGCCCGACUUCCACUUUGGAAAGGCCAAUGGACUGCGCUUUAGUCUGCAGAUUGCUGUCUGCAGCCAAAAUUCUCAGCAACUGCAGAAGCUAGGAGCACUGCCCAUUGUGUAUGACGGUUGGGAUGAAGGUUUCCAUGACCUCCUUGAAACAGCAGUCCAGGAUAAUUUCGUCGAAGGAGUACGAUACUUUUGCAAGCACCCCAAUAUCGACAUCAACAGGCCGGUUAACGAUAUCGAAGAAACUAUCCUAAUGUAUGCCAUCCGGAUCAACCCACAUCGCUCUAUCGAGACGGGUAACGAGAAAUGGUUAAAGAUCAUCACCAUUAUCUUGGAUACUCCUGGGAUAAAUCUCAAUCUAUACAAUGAAGAUGGACGUUCCGCUUUGGAUUAUGCACGAGUCUUAGGACUGCCAGACAUCGCACGGGCCAUAGAAGUGCUGAUGGUACAGCAUCAACACGGAGUUUCCUUUCCUGUUACUGUUGUGGGUCAUCAAGGCGCGGAGCACAUCGGCUGGGCGGAUCAGAGAUUGCAUCACCCAAACAUGGAAGAUGCGAGCUUUGAAGAUUGA